AUGAACGCCUUCAUGGUUUGGGCCAAGGUGGAAAGGAAGAAACUGGCUGACGAGAAUCCUGAUCUGCAUAACGCCGAUCUCAGCAAAAUGUUAGGUGAGUCAGAUAAGUUUUGA